AUGAUUUUCCCCCCUCCAAAAAAAGUGGACGAAAUUCAAAAUGAUCUACAUUUUCACGAUUUUGACCAUGAGAACGACGUACUAAAUGAGGAUAUUGAGGAGAAUGGCAAUGUUGAGGAGGACGACGAAGAAGAAAUGGAAGCUGAUGAUCAGGAAGAAGACCAUAGGAAUGACGAAAAUAAUGACAACGAACAAGAGGACGAAAAUGAUAACGAAGACCAUGAGGAGUGUGGCGGCCGGUCAGGCAAGGGGCUUGGGUUGUUGCGGCGUCCCGCUCGGACGCUGCUCAUGGCACAGAGGGUCAUGGCGAUCCGAAUGAUCCGCGGAUACCGCACGAUCUCUGGGGAGUCGGCGAACCUCCUUGCCGGAUUACCGCCGUGGGAUCUGGAGGCGAAGGUGCUCGCGCGCGUGCACAGCAUGCGCGCGGAGGCACGUCGCCGGGGCGAAACUCCGCUGCCGCGCCAGAUAAGUGCGUGGCGGGAUGAGCUCCGGCGCGAUCUCAUGGCGGAAUGGCAGCAACGACUGUCGCAACCGAGGGCUGGGCUCGCUGCCAUCGCAGCGGUAAGUCCCCUCUUUGAGGAGUGGCUUGAGAGACGCUACGGCGUCCUCACCUACCGCCUGACGCAGGUCCUCACCGGACAUGGAAGUUUCGGGAGGUACCUGUGUCUGAUGGGGCGGGAGGAAACGCCCGGGUGUCAUCACUGCGAGGACCGCCCUGAGGACACGGUGGAACACACGGUGGGAGAAUGCCCUUCGUGGGCUGAGCACCGCCGUGUCCUCAGGGAAGUGAUCGGCGAUGGCGACCUCUCGCGUCCGGGCCUAGUGCAGGCCAUGAUG